UAUGUUAAUGUCGGGACGCCCGCCAGCCAAUCAGAGGCCGCCCUGCCGGGCACGUGGUCCCCGCGGGCGCCGCUUCGGAGGCGGCGCCACGGCUCGAGCUGGACUUAAAUCCAGGGAGCCGGACGGAGCGACUUCAGUACUGGGAGAGCUGGAGGGAGAGUGAGGCGGCGGACAGGCAGGGGGGGUGGCGGCGCUGUGUAGUUUUAUUGUUUUUCCUUAAAAACUUAAUAGACGUAAAAAUUAUAGGAGAACCAAUAAAGAAAGACCACCACCACCACCAACAACUGUCCCUUGCAAAUCUCUAACUAACCCCCCUCCCCCCACCCCCCCCAGAGUCAGAGGUAUCUUUAAAAUAAUUAAGGGGUUCUCAACAGUCACUGAACACUCUUUCAAACAGUGUGUAGGAUUUCAUAACUACCGAAGCAGCGGGCGGGGCGGCGAACAAAAAAAAAAAAGAUUUUUUUUUUUUCCUCCUUCUCACUGGGGCGGCAUGUACCGACAGUGAGCCCAUGCAGGACGUGUCAUCGCCUCCUACACAAUGCCCGUUCUGCUAUUCCUGAUAGACACGUCCGCUUCCAUGAACCAGCGCACCCAUCUGGGUACUUCCUAUCUGGACACUGCUAAAGGCGCUGUUGAGACUUUCAUGAAGCUCAGAUCCCGGGAUCCGGCGAGCCGAGGCGACAGGUACAUGCUGCUGUCCUUCGAAGAAGCGGCCAGCGGGAUCAAGGCUGGAUGGAAAGAAAACCAUGCAACGUUUAUGAGUGAGCUGAAGAACUUGCAGGCAGUUGGACUCACAACUCUCGGUCAUUCGUUAAGGACAGCUUUUGAUUUACUAAAUCUCAAUAGAUUAGUUACUGGAAUAGACAACUAUGGACAGGGAAGGAAUCCGUUUUUCUUGGAGCCGGCGAUUAUAGUCACAAUCACAGAUGGGAAUAAGCUGACCAGCAGCAGUGGAGUUCAGGAAGAGCUUCAUCUGCCCCUCAACACGCCGCUCCCCGGCAGCGAGCUGACCCAGGAGCCCUUCCGCUGGGACCAGCGCCUCUUUGCGCUGGUCCUGAGGAUCCCCGGGAUCGCAGCCCCGGAGCCCGAGGCCGCAGCAGGGGUACCGCAGGAUGACUCCGCCAUCACCCCCAUGUGCGAGGUGACGGGAGGUCGUUCCUACAGUGUGUGCUCCCAGAGAAUGUUGAACCAAUGCCUGGAAUCACUGGUACAAAAAAUUCAGAGUGGGGUGGUGAUAAAUUUUGAGAAGACGGGGUCAGAUCCUCCACCUGUAGAAGAUGCACCUGUUGAUGCUGGGAUCCCCGGGCCUCAGCCAUGGCACUGCUGCCACAAACUGAUUUAUGUGCGCCCCAACCCCAAAACAGGAGUCCCCAUUGGCCACUGGCCAAUUCCUGAGGCCUUCUGGCCCGAUCAGAACUCUCCCACUCUGCCGCCCCGCUCGGCCCACCCCCAGGUGCACUUCUCCUGCGUGGACUCGGAGCUCAUGGUCAUCGACAAGCUGCCCUUCGACAAGUACGAGCUGGAGCCCUCCCCCCUCACGCAGUUCAUCCUGGAGAGGAAGUCCCCCCACACCUGCUGGCAGGUGUUCGUCUGCAAUAGUGCCAAAUACAGUGACCUGGGUUAUCCGUUCGGCUACCUGAAAGCUAGCACAGCCCUGAACUGUGUGAAUCUCUUCGUCAUGCCCUACAACUACCCUGUGCUCCUGCCGCUGCUGGAUGAUUUGUUCAAAGUGCAUAAGUUGAAGCCCACUUUGAAAUGGCGACAGUCAUUUGAAAACUACUUAAAGACCAUGCCUCCAUAUUAUAUUGGGCCUCUGAAGAAAGCUCUCCGGAUGAUGGGGGCACCUAACCUGAUAGCUGAAAACAUGGAGUACGGUCUGAGUUACAGUGUUGUUUCAUACCUCAAAAAGCUGAGUCACCAGGCCAAGGUAGAGUCAGACCGCGUAAUUGCAUCCUUGGGCAAGAAGGUGGUGCCGGACAUGGGGGUGAAGGUGAGGGUCCGCCCCACCCCUCUCUCCCUGGCACAGCGCAAGGAUUUCCAACAGAUCCUGCAGGGCGUCACCGGAGACGCCCCCUUCUGCCCCCUGGCGCUCAACCCCAAGGAAUUCGCCGGCUUCCACAUUGGCAUCCUCCACAAGGAUGUUAAGCCCCAGAGCUUCCGGAACCCCUAUGACAUACCCAGAAGACACCUUCUUGACCAGCUGAGCAGAAUGAGGAAAAACCUGUUGAAAGCGACACACUGCUGCUUAAGGGGACAAGACGAAGAUCAAUUGCACAGCAUUGCCAUUGCACAGAUGGGCAACUACCAGGACUUCCUGAAGAACUUGCCUUCUCCCCUGCGUGAGGUCGACCCCGACCAGCCCAGACGCCUGCACACGUUUGGCAACCCUUUCAAGUUGGACAAGAAGGCCAUGAUGAUUGACGAGACGGACGAGUUCAUCACGGGGACCCAGAAUAAGAGCAAGCGCCCAGGGGACCCCAGCUUGCAGGGCACUCCCAAGAGGAGGAGGUGCAUGUCCCCGCUCCUGAGGUCCGGGCACCUCCAGGGUCCCCUAAAUACCAGCAACCACACUGUGGAAAAGGACCCCUCUGCACCCCUCAGCCCUGUACCCUCUCCACCUGCCAACCUCACCAGGCCCACACCAGUGCCCAGAGCUCCUGAAAAAAGCUACCAGGUGCCUGUUGAGAAUGAUAUUUUUGGAAACCACAUGGGUGACCAUUACAACGUGGAGAGGGAACCCGUCUCGGACUCGGAUGGAUCCUGUUUUCAGUACAGUCAAGGCCCGGUCAAUCAGAGGAACCAUGUGGGAGAGGAUGACCAUUCGAGUCUGAGCAAGCUGUCUGAGGACAGCACGGAGGAGGAGCCCAGCCCUGAGGAUACAGUGUGCAGCUCCUCCCCUGGCCCUCUGAAGAGAUUAAGGCACACCCAGGGACAGGAGGUCAAUGCAGAGCUCAAAGCACUCAUUACCAGGGAGAUCAGGAAGCCAGGCAGGCGUUAUGAUAGAAUCUUCUAUUUCCUGAAGCAAGUCCAAGGAACUUUAAAUACAAGGCUGGUAUUCCUACAGAAUAUUAUCAAAGAAGCAGCAAGGUUUAAGAAGCGGGUGCUAAUCGAGCAGCUGGAACAGUUUUUAGAAGAAAUCCACGUCCGCUACAGCCAGAUAAACCACGUGGAUGGCUUGUGAGAAGCUCCUUGGUUCAUUUUCCUAACAAAAUUCAGCUGGGGGAUCCCGGAGGACCAGUAGCUGCUGUAAAAACACCUUUGAGGCGAUAUUUUUUUUCACAGAAAUAUGCACGCCGACAAUGUGAGGCUGACCAGCACUAAAUGGGAGAGGAGGAAGAAAUGUGAGAAAAACACAAAGAACAAGUCUUUUUUCCAGACUGUGCUUUGUGUUUUGCUUAUUUAGAAUGGCUAAUGGCACAUGAAAACCUAGGUGACUUUGUGUCGGUCCAUUUUUAAUCCUGUUUGGGUUUUGAACUGUGAAGAACAUGCUGGUCUCAGUGAUAAAUGAUACCCCUUUCCAUUCUGAUAUUGCUCUUAUAGAGCUUUUAAACUAAAACUGCCAAACAAAGCAACUUGAAUGCCCUUUAAUUUAUAGGAACGUAAUUGUCUUUACAACAUAUUUAAUUUGGUUCAAAAACUGUAAAGACAUCUGGAAAAGUGACUUGACACUGAAGCAGUCUAGAUGAGCUCUGAGCUGUUCCAUAAAUGGAAGAGGAGUUGUCCUCAGUUCAUGUCUUUGAAUCCCUCUAACGCAAUCUAGUCAAAGCAACAGGGUGUGCAGUUCUUGCAAGGCCGCACUGUUACAGAAUGAUUAUGGUCCCCUCCUGAAUCCCCAGGGCAUGAGAUGUGGCGAUAAUUGACUGUCCCUCAGGAUUUAAUUACAUUAGCCACACAGUUAAUCCCUCACUUUGUGGGUACCAGUCUUUGCCAUAAUGAUAUACUUUAUAAUUUAAAGGUAAUAAACAUGUUGUAAGAUUAAAGUAUUUUGAAUACAAUGUAUAGAUGUAAAUAGUCAAAGUUUGAGAACUAUUUAAAGAAAAAGCUGUGAAGAAGGGGGCCUUUUGUAAACAUCAACUUCAAUAAAGUUUGUUUUAUACUAUGGAUGGCUGCUGUGAAAGCCAAAAUAAAAUGAGCAGUUUGCUCUAAAAUGCCA